AUGGAUUUGGGGCCCCCCCUGAAAACCACCGUCACAGCCUUCUGUAAGCAUCCAGCUCAGAAGGCUGUGGUGGUGGAGAUGAUUCUGACCUUCCACAAGGCCUCCAGCCCCACUCCCCGCAUGCCAAACCUGGAGCUACAGGUGAACAGCCCCCUCCCCACCCCGUGGGGCCCCAUCCGGAGGCCACGCCGCCGAGGGACCCCGUCUCCGCCGGCCACCCACUCCUCCCGGGGCCGUCUGGCGGCUGGGAGGCCAGUGUUAGCCAAGCGCCGGGCGGGCUCGCACGUUCGAACCCCGAGGCUGCCCAGCCGCAGAAACGCCCCCGCCAGCGCGGGCCGAGCGCUGAGUGACGGCGAGCGACUCAGAGGCGCAGAACCUGCCUGGCUGAAAGGCCGGGAGGAUGAAACUCCGGCGCGGGACCCAAGGGCCCGGAGAGAAGGGGGAAAGUCGAGUGUGGACGCAGCCACGGGCCCCGAGGCCUCAGACGGCGGAGGUCGGACGGGCCAGCGCGGAUCCAGCCCAGCCGCCCCGCAGAGGAAGGAGGUGUGCUCGGUGGCCUUCCUCAAGGCCGUGUUCGCCGAGUUCCUGGCCACCCUCAUCUUCGUCUUCUUGGGUCUCGGCUCAGCGCUCAACUGGCCGUCGGCCCUGCCCACCAUCCUGCAGAUCGCACUGGCCUUCGGGCUGGCCAUUGGCACCCUGGCUCAGGCCCUGGGGCCCGUGAGUGGUGGCCACAUCAACCCGGCCAUCACCCUCGCCCUCUUGGUGGGCAACCAGAUCUCGCUGCUCCGUGCCACCUUCUACGUGGUGGCCCAGCUGGUGGGCGCCAUCGCAGGGGCCGGCGUCCUCUACUGGCUGGCACCACUCAAUGCCCGGGGCAACCUGGCCAUCAACGCUCUCAGCAACAACACGACGCCAGGCAAGGCUGUGGUGGUGGAGAUGAUUCUGACCUUCCAGCUGGCACUGUGCAUCUUCUCCUCCACCGACGCCCGCCGCACCAGCCCUGUGGGGUCCCCAGCCCUGUCCAUUGGCCUGUCCGUCACACUGGGCCACCUCAUCGGGAUCUACUUCACCGGCUGCUCCAUGAACCCUGCCCGCUCCUUUGGACCUGCGGUUGUCAUGAAACGCUUCAGCCCUUCGCACUGGGUGUUCUGGGUGGGGCCCAUUGUGGGGGCCAUCCUGGCUGCUAUCCUCUACUUCUACAUACUCUUCCCCUACCCCCUGAGCCUGAGCGAACGCGUGGCCAUGGUCAAGGGCACCUACCAGCCGGACGAGGACUGGGAGGAGCAGCGGGAGGAGCGGAAGAAGACCAUGGAGCUGACGGCCCACUGACCAGUGUCAGACAGGCCAGCCCCUCGGCCCCUCAACUACAGGGGAAGAAAAGAGAAAAAAACAAAAACACCUCUGCCAACAAGGCUUCCUCCCCACCCGGGGCCAGGUCCGCAUAGCUGGGGAAGAGCCGCUGGCUCCCCAGGCUGCACAGUUGGAGUGGGGAGCAGAAUCCCAUGGUAGGGCUCCUAGGGGAAGGGGCCUCUCUGGAGCCCAACAGAUCGGAUUGCUGUGAGGUCAACCCUCAGAGAUGGUAACUGCAUCCAGGAGCUCCCAGGCUGUCCCAAGGCUGGGCAAGGGAAAGGGGCAGGGGGCAAGGGCUACAGUCUGUUCUCCCCACCUCCCCAGCUCCAGAGAGAUGACAGCCCUGGUGACAGCAGAGGCCAGCAGGCCUCCGCUACAGCUCCUAAGCCUCGCUUAACGGCACCUUAUUUAUUUCGGGUCAAAGUUGAGUGGGGCAGGGGCUGCUGGUGUUGGA